AUGUCCAACACAGAUUCAGAUAAGGUUGAUAACGUUUUGGGAUGGCUAGAGAAGAAUGCUUUUUGGAAUGCUGAUAUUUUGAGUGUUGAAGAAUCUAAAACUACUAGUGGAGUGGGCGUAUUUCUUAAGACUGAUAGUAGUGAAGAUGAAGAUAAUUUAUUACUUCGGAUUCCUAAGGCCAAUAUUUUAUCGUCUAAAAAUACUUUUAUUUGCAACUUACUCAAUGACUUCAAUGAGUUGUAUUCGGGCAACCCUGAUGUGAAUUUGACCAAAGGCAUGCAUAGUGUAGUGAUUUCAUUUAUCUAUGAAUUAUAUGCUGGCAAAAACUCACCAUGGUUUGAUUAUGUUUCCACUAUCGACCCAAAACAGGAAAAUGACGAAUUUUCCAAUAUUCCUAUAUGCUUAUGGACAACAGAAGAGAAGGAAAUGUUAAAAAAUACCGAAUGUGAUUUAUUGGGAAUGCUUAACAGUGACGAAUUGGUUCAAUUCUAUAUUGAAUGCAUUCGAUUCGCUCAUAUUAACGAAAAAUAUGCCGGUAUGCCAGAGAUAUUUGAUUUAGAACUACCAUCAGACAGCAAUGAAUUGGAAUCCUUUUUAACCAGGAAGCAUUUCGAAAAGGUGGUUAUGUUUGCAAAAUAUGUCCAAACCGUUAUAUCGAGAGCAUUUGCAGUUGAUGAUUUCCACGGUCUCUCUUUAGUUCCUGGGGCUGAUUUGUUCAAUCAUAUUGUUCCUGUAAUGCAACAACAAGAUGAAACUUCCAAGAUUCAAGGUAGAGAAAACGUUCAUUUUGUUUGUGAUGGAGACGAUGUCUGCACGAUUUGUGGAGAAUCGAACUGUGAAAAUCACGAUGAAGAUGAAGAUGAAGAAGAAGAAAUGAUUGAAGAAAUUGAGGAAGAAGAAGAAGAAGAAAACGAUGGCAUUGACGAACACGAAGAAGAAGAUAUGGAAGAUGAUGAAGACGGCUUAGUUGAAAACGAUCUUGCUAGCUCGUCUGAUUCAGAAGGAAGUGAUGAAAAUAAUGAAAGUGACGAACAUGAUGAGAAUCAAAGUGAUCAAGAAUCUGAUACUGAGGAAAUACCUGAAAUAUCUGAAAUCACUAUGGAUUACAUAAAAGAAAUGGAAGACGAAUUGGACGACGAUGAAGAUUCGGAAGCAGAAACAGCAAAAAGUGAUGAAGAGGUUUCAACUUUAUCUUUAAGUGAAGAUGAGGCUGAAAGUAUGCCAAAUACUCAAACUGGACAUUCAAUGUCAGCAGAAGAAGAGUUGGCGGCCCAACUUUCAGACAGCUCACAAUGUUGUGAUAUUGUAUUAACAAACCCACCACUGGAAGAAUACAAAUACGAGCUAUUCAAUACAUAUGGUAACACCUUAUCUAAUCCAUACUUAUUACAGCGAUAUGGGUUUGUCAACGAUUUUAAAGAACCAAAUGUCAAUGAUUCGUGCCUUCUUUCGGUGCAGAUGUUUUCAUACUUGAAAAAUUACAAAAAGAACAAUUCGGGUAUUAAGGUUAAACAGUUAGAUGUAAAAUUACAAUGGUAUGAGGAAAUUGGAUUUGAUAUUGUGAAUGAUUUAGUCAAUGAUUACGAAAGUGCUCAUCAAAAUGAAGAUGAUCAUGAACACCAUGGAGAUCAUGAACAUGAGGAUGGUGGCGGAUGCUGUGAUAAUGAAGGCGAAGAUGCUGAAAUGACUGAUAACACCACCCCAGAAACGUGGCAAUUAUCUCCAGUUGUUAGAUACGACGGAUCAUUAUCUCCUCAAACAUAUUCAUUGUUGAAAAUCAUCUUAAUGCCUUAUAAAUUAUUUCAGUCAAAGUUAGUCAAGUGUGAAACUAAUAGAAAAUUAUCUAGAAGAAUAUUACAUUUACUACUUCCAUAUGAAAAUACUUCGCAACACGAAGAAAUUCAUCAAUUGAUUAAAGAUUGGUGCCAAAGUCGCUUAUCAAGAUAUAAUGACUAUACUAGCAUGAAGGCUUCUACAAAAGUAAGAGAGGAAAUUAUACAUAACUUAAUUAAGCAAGAACAAUGUAUCCUACAAAGAGUGAUAAAUAAAUUAUCAUAG